GCAGGCUGACCUGAACCUCUUGUGUAGAAGUUGUCUUGAAUACAGAGAAGAAAGGAAUGUAACAUUUAUCAUGCUUCACUACUUUGGGUGCACACUAGAUGAUACUGAACUUCCCCAUCAUAUCAGCACAUCAGAACAAGUUCGGGCUCUUCAGACGUCUUUCAAGAAUCUGUUAGAACAUCUUCCUAAACCAACUAUUGUAACUAUUGCCAG